CAGUCGCAUACUAAGAUGGCGGCGUGGCGGGUUCUUGAAAGUAAACUUUAACUAUACACGUUUUCUUUGGUCCUGUCUCGGUACGUCUGAGUCUAAACCUGUUGUUUAUGCACAGUAUUUAGGUACAUCGAUAAGAUGGCAAAUGAUCCAAAUCGUUUCACUGCACAGGACGGUAGAGAUUCGUUUGAUGCUCUGAUGGCAACCCCCGAGCAGCGGCAGGAAACAAAGAGCAGGGCCAUGCGUCGCAGCAUUGGAGUCAACCUUCAGAAAUCUCUACAGAUUCUAGAUGAGGCAAUAGGAUCGCCACCUACAGGAAGCAUCCUGCGUACCAAGAGGAGAAGUAUACGACAGAGCAUGCUAACACCAUCGCAGUUGUCAGAAUCAAGGUUUGAUUCAUCAGCUGUCUUUGGGAAUUCUUUCAACCGGACACCAGGAGCGUCAAAUAUGAUAAUCAAUGAUAGCCUACUGGAUCCAACCGUAACUCUGCAUGGAGAUGCUUUACAGAGAAAAAGAGGAUUUAAUCAGGAUUUGACCACAACUAAUGUAACACGAUUGUUGGAGGAUGAUCCAAAUCUCGCAGGGAACAAGGCUCUGUCAGAGCGGGUGCAGCUGAUGCAGUCGCUCGUGCAGAAGGCCGCGCCGGGGCAGGCGCGCUUCCAGCAGCUGACGGACGUGCUGCUGCACCUGACGCAGGAGCGCGACACGUGGGAGCUGAUACGCACGCUCUUUUUCGACCGGCUGCAGACGGCCGCCGAGGAGCUCGACGACGCCGACUCGAUGGAGGGCGUCGAGAUGCUGGAUGCUCGAUUGAGUGACAAGGAUAUAGUGAACAAUCUGUUCAAGAAAGAGGCACCAACAAGACAGAACCAGUUGGUGAUCGACUGGCUGGAACUGUCUGCCGCACAGAUGCUGUCAGAGAAGUAUGAUCGUGUUGAGUUCUUCGCUGACAACUCUGUGGCUUGGGAAAAUACACUGAUGUAUUUACAUCAACGGAGGGAAAACGUUCCUAUUGGACAUGACCGGCCUAUUGUGACAGAGCUUGACCCAGAUGCCCCUAUCAGACAAAACAGACCUCUUGCUGACCUUGACAGGGAAGAUGAAGCUCGAUUGCUGAAAAACAUAUUUGUGUACAUCAGAGCCGGCCAGUUGCAUGAGGCUGAGGAACUGUGCGUAAAGUGCGGGCAGGCGUGGCGGGCCGCGACGCUGGAGGGUUGGCGUCUGCACCACGACCCCAACUACGCCGACGAGGGCGGCAGCGAGGGAGCGGCUCCCGAGGGGAACGUCUACCGCGACAUCUGGAAGGCCGUCUGCUGGCGCCUUUCGCAGGACGAGCGACUGAACCUGUACGAGCGCGCGAUGUACGGAGCCUUCAGUGGCAACCUGCCCGCGCUGCUGCCGGCGUGUCCGACAUGGGAGGACCGGCUGUGGGCGUACUACCGCACAAUGGUCGACGCACGCACCGAGCAGGAGAUACGCACGGACACGAGUACAGAGCGUCCCCUGGAGCAGCUGCCGUCGGCGUACUGGAACAAGAUGUUGACUCCCGAGGUCAUCUUUCAAGAACUACAGGCCAGUCGCGAGGAGACGAUCCGUGAGCAGGCGACGAAGCCGUUCCACGUUGUGCAGCGCUGCGUGAUCGUCGGUGACACAGACACUCUCGUCGAUGAGGCGGCCGACUGGGUGUCGCUGCGGCCGCCCGCUCAUCUGCUGCGCUUCCUCGCCCACCUCGUGCUCUUCCUGCGCACGAUCGGCGCCAAGACGAAGGAACACCUGUGCAUCUCCAUCCUCGAGGCUUACGUGCAAGCUCUCAUUGAGUGCGAUUACAAGGAUCUCGUCGCCUUUUACACGUCAACUCUGCCGCAGGAGCGUCAGGUUGCCUGGUACGCUAAAUUCCUCGAAGGCAUCAGCGAGCGGGAGGAGAGGCAGCACUGUCUGACGCUGGCGCGUGACGCUGGACUCGACGUUCCCCUCAUCACGAAGACGCUCGUCGAGGUCGUGCGCACGCGCGACACCUGUACCCUCACACUCGACGCCGCCAAGACGCCCGCCCUCGAGGCUGCAACCUCCAACGAGGAUCGGCAGAAGAUCGAGGUGAUUGAUUGGCUCGUGUUCGACGAAUCACAGCGUGCCGAAGCCAUGAAACAAGCGAAUGCCGUUAUGAGGACUUUUAUAGCACUGAAGAAGCAUUCGGCUGCGAGGGAGGUGUUCCGGAAGAUUCCGCCGGAUUCGAUCGACUUGAUCGUCCUGCAGACGCGGAUCGAGACGGGCUCCGACGACCUGAUGGCUGAGGAUGACAAUGCUGUCAGAGAGUAUCUCUGCCAUCAGGCCUACCUGGAUGCGCAGACUCCGUUCAACGACUGGUUCCAGUACUGCCACCACGGCGCACCGUCGAAGCCGCGCUCACAGUGGCGCUUGUACGUUCACGACGUGGCGUGCGAGCACCGCAGCGUCAGUAUGGGCGGAGCGCGUGGCAGCGAGUCGCUUGCAGAUGCAGACGCGCCGGCCACGUCGAUCGGUGGGCACAACGUGCUGUCAGAUUCAUGGGCGGCUUGGAUGCGGGACCGGCCAAAGUGGCGAGAAAUUGCUGCAGUACGAGUGCGCCUGCUGCUGCCAUGUAGCCUGGUAUUGAAACAGAAGCUAGAAACUGACGGUCUUCCUUUAUUCUCGCAGGUAUUCCAGAAGGAGGAACUUCGGAGGUUCCUAGAGAAGAUGCGGGAUAGCUCGGUGGCGCUGAUGGAACAGGGUAUGGAUCCCCAGGGAUACGAACCGUCCCGGUGAAACCGAGCGUGUGGUAGAAACCGACAAGAACAAUAACAACAAAAACAACCUGCAGGUGGCGCCACGACACGGACGUGCUUGUGUAAUUAUCGCACAUGUAGGCAAGAUUUCUGCGCGAUGUGGAGAUGCAAUGAAAAUGCAGUAAAAAAAAAAAGGCAACCAUUGCAUUUCUGCACCUCAGCGCUCGAAGAUAUCCUCUAGCUGUUCAUCCUUGUUCGGUCUAACGUGUAGGUCUAGUGUAUCUACCAGGGAGCCAAAGGCCAAGAGGCCUGGAUGGGCACGACACAUCAUACAUGGCAGCCGAUAUAUUGCUGACUCGGCUACAAAGCGUUUUUGCCUCUCGUGGUUUUGGCGGCAUGUGGGGGCUGGACAUCAGCAAUCGUAACGACUAUUGUGAAAAGUAUCGGUUUGUUUAGGAAUUCCCGUCAGGCCUGACCGCAAUUCUCCCGCAAACAUCUAAACAUCGCGGUUACUGUGAAGCAUCGCGAGCGAUCUUUACACGCCGGCCAGCUGGGUAGCACCAGAGUCGCGUCACUGCACUAGGUAUCUUAGAUAUGGUGUUCCCUUUGUGAAGUUGGCGGGAAUGGAUAAUUAUUUUACUGUGCGCUUAUUAUUUACUCCGUAUGUCAGAGCAUAAGCUGUGUUAUGCACGAGAAAAUAAACUAUACGUACAGUCUGUGUACACUUUAUAUCAUCUUAGAUUAUCAUGUGGUAGCUUUUUUCAUGCCCGCUUAUGUGACCACGUGUAAUUCUGUGUAUCUCAAUAAAGGCAAUUGCU